AUGAUAAAAUCAAGUUCACAGAUUUUAAAUGAGACUCUCGACGCACAUGAUAUCACUCACUUAGUCAGAAUACUGGAAGACCCGCUGUCCUUGUCUUCAGAAUGGGAACCAGAUCUCAAUGACGUUUGUCAUUUUAACCUAUUGGCGAAUAAUGAAGACACUAAUUCAGAAAUAGAACAAAAUUCUGAUAGUGAGUUGGAAGAAGAGUUUACACCUCUUCUUGAACCGUGGCCCAAGAGAAUCCAACGUCUUGAGGAGCUUCGACAUAAAAUUGAACUGAAUAUGAGAAAAGAGAGUGAACGACAGGAAAAAUACCACGGGGUCAAUCAUGAAAUCCCGGAGGUUUCUGUCGGAGAUCUAGUCUACUACCCAAAUAGGAAGUUGAGCAACAAGGCCGCGGGCUAUAGCGCGAGUCUUGGAGUUAAAUACUUGGGUCCCGUGAUGGUGUCUAAAAUUAUAAGCCCGUUAGUUGUAGAAUUAAAAAAUGAUAAGGGAAAAGUUUUGGGACAACAUUAUGUUCCGGAUUUAAAGAUUCCUAGGCUUAUGAAGAGGAGAAGAGUAGAGUUUUAUGUCCGUGGUACGCGCCCGGAUGAGGAUGUGGUGGCAGGAAUAAACGUUGGCGGAGAGACCGCGAAUACUACUUCAGUAGCUGUUCAAUGUAGUCUCCAGGCGGAAGAUCGAGUUGAUCAGAAAUUAACAGCUCGAGAGUCAGCUCUCACACGUCUUGGUCCAGUACCAACACCUGGACUUUCAACUGUGGCAACUGAGAACCCCUCGGUGGUUAACCCAGUGGGAGUUGUCGAUAUGGUUUCUUCGAUGGAGGUUGAUUCUGCUGGUUUUGCCAGACCUUUUGUAUUCGCUCGAGUUGGAGACAACAGUCGCAAGACCGUUCAGAAUUGUCUCUCCAAGAGGUCAAAGUGGCACGGCCUGACUCCUAAUCAGUCCAGGAUGGCGAGGCGUCGCCUCAGUCUAAAUAAGGCUCUAGAGAACCCGGAGACCAAGGAGUCUACAUUGUGGGAGCUGUGGCUUAAGGCAGCUACCCGAGAAGAAAGGGACCUUUAUGGUAAGCCGACACAUUUGGGGCCUAUGAUGUUCGGUGCUAGUUCAGGAUGCCAGGAAGUGGGGUCGGAGACACUUCCCAAGUCUAGUGAAGCAUCAGCCCAGGUUACACAUUCUCAACCUAUGGGUUCUCCUCCAGCUGUGCCAGCGAAGGCGAGUUCGUUAUGGGAAACGGCAUCGACAGAAUUCUCUGUUCCUAAAAGACUGUACUUAAGUCGAGUGGGGGAAGAUUCGGAGCAGAUGAAGCUUGCCACGAAGUCAUCGCAAGAUACUAACCGGGAGGUUAGUCAGGAAGCAUCUAAAGGGGCUAUACCCCGAACCAGGUUGGCGUCAGUAGUGGUCUCGGUGCAGAAGGAGCGUCAGGUCCGCUCGGUGGUGUUCAAGAAACCACGGGAGUCUACUUCUACAGUUACUUCAGGAAGUUGGGCAGCUUCAACAGCUGGUGCUAGUGCACUUAAGUCUAAGACGUCAGAGGCUAGACCUGUUGCGCUCAGAUUGGGUCCGCCUCCUGUUCCUGCUUUUCCAUCUGGCUCGCUUUCUGGUGGUGAUGCUAGUUAUCUGUUGGGUCCAGGACCUAUGCUUCCAGCGUUUGCUGAUUAUCGAGCGAGUUUAGCAGCAGCUGUUAGCGCCAGUACAUCUCAGGGAGGGCGAGGAAUUCCCCGGAUUCAGUGCUCUGAGCCUCCACGGUUGGGGAAUGCUCUUCCUGUAAAAAGGAGCAAGAAGAAGAAGAAGAGGAAGGAUGGGGUACGUGGCAUGGAUUGGGGUAAUGCCGAGUUUGUCUGCGCUGGUGAUCCGAUUUCGGAAGACUCUGGUAUGGAGCUGGAUCCUUAUGAUGACCGGGACAAGACUGAUGACGACGAUGUCUUGCAAAUUAAUUAUGAUGAAGAUCUGUAG